AUGGUAAACCCAAGUCAGGGUGCCCCUGAAGAAAUAAGAUUCCCAACUCCUGGUGUAGGAUCUCAAGGGAUUGUUAGUAAUAAAAUGGUGAGAUCAAUCCGGCAAAGUAAGCAUAUCUCACACAUUGAAAUUGAUGAUGAUAAUGAGCACAAUGACUUUGCUAUCUCUUCUAAGAGAUCACGGGGUGAUAGUAAAGUGAAACAAGAUGACACUAUAGAUACUGAUGACUUGAAGUGUGGUAAUGUUAUUACAAGUUGUUUUCCUAUAGAUGCAGAUAAUGAUAAGUCCAAAACAAAACAAAUGGGAACUUCUUCUGAAGAAAGCCUGCCGACAAGAAUACUGCGAAUGAAGAACUCAAUUUUAGAGGAGGAGCAGUUAGAAGUUGUAAUUGAAGAUGAAUGUGAGACAAAUUGGGGUAGCAAGGAGUUACCUAUUGGUUGUGGCAGAUUUAAGUGUGGGAAGACUCAGUACGCUUUAGAAUGUCUUUCAUUCUCUCAUCAAGUGCCUUAUGAGAAGGGUAAGAAGAAAGGUUCUUUAGUCAUAUAUCCUAGGAAAUGGGAGAUUUGGGCUCUUUUUAAGGACUGGGAUGUCAUGGUAUGCUUGGAUAACGUUUGUGGAUUUGUGAGCUUAUUCCAGCGAACGAGGGAGGGUGAGAUGGAUUCAUUUCCGAUAGGACCCAAUGAAUUGUUUAGGUUCUCCCAUCAAAUUCCUUGUUUUAGAAUGCCUGGCACCGAAAGACGAGUUCCAGAAGGUUCUUUUGAACUAGAACCUAAUUGCCUACCUCUCAAUCCUGAUGAUUUGAGGUAUCCUAGUAUGGCUAAGGUAUGUAGUGGAAACGUGUAUGAGCAUAUCUCAUACAGUGAAAGUGGUGAUGAUGGCGAACAUGAUGACAUUCCUAUCUCUCCAAAGAAAUCGCAGAGUAUAGAUGGUAGUACUAGUAAAGAGGGACGAAAGGAUACUCUAGAUUCCAAAGACUUGAUGUAUGGACCACUAGAAGUCUGA